AUGAAUCAACAUCUCUACAUUUGCCUUUUUUUCCUCUCUGUAUUCUUCCAAAGAUCCGAGGCAAGUUUUGGUUAUGGGCAUGGACACACUGAUGUCGUCCACGUUCCAAUGAUUGCUGCCGUUCCUAUGUAUUACGUCGCUCAUCCAAUGUUUGCUUCUUAUGGACUCGUCUGUUGUACCACGACAAGGAAAAGGAUUGCACCGAAGAAGCACUAUCCCAAAAACAUCGAUCCGUAG